GCCGGCUCGGAGCGACUUGAGGAAGCUGGCUCUGGCGUAGCCCAGGACCCACAGCCCUGGGAGUAGGACAGCGAGCCCAACGCCCGAGCCCGCUUCACGGCAGACAAAGACUCUGGGCUUUUGGCAGCACUAUUCUACUGGAAAUACUGCAGGAGGGCAGAGCCUGAGGUCUGCCUGCAGGCUCCCUACCUUGUAUUGUCCCCUGCCUGCCCUUGCACGCAGCCAGCUGCCCCCAGCCUCUGACAGUGAACGCUUUUGCAGGGGGAGGUGGUGGUCUCUAAGGGUAGCGAGAAUACAGAGAGGCAGGGCAGGCUGCGCUCUCCGCGGCUGCCUCCUAAUUCUCCUCCCUGUCAGGUUGGACGCCCAGCUCUCACUCAACCCUGCCGGCCAGGAUGCGCCUCAACAGCACGGCACCCGCGCCCCCCAGCCAGUCAGAACCAGGUUCUUUCAGUUUGGAGCCGUCGGAGGGUGGAGUGAGGGACCGGGCACUCCUGGCCCCGGGCUACAGCAACAGCACUACCAACUCUUCAGAGCGGCUCCUCACCCCAGACACUGACCUGGACGUGAACACAGACAUCUACUCUAAGGUGUUGGUCACUGCCGUUUACCUGACGCUCUUCGUGGUGGGCACUGUGGGGAACUCGAUCACUGCCUUCACACUGGUCCGCAAGAAGUCGCUGCAGAAUCUGCAGAGUACCGUCCACUACCACCUGGCCAGUCUGGCCCUCUCCGACCUCCUCAUCCUCCUGCUGUCCAUGCCCAUCGAGCUCUACAACUUCAUCUGGGUCCACCAUCCUUGGGCCUUUGGCGACGCCGUGUGCCGGGGUUACUACUUCCUUCGAGAUGCUUGCACUUACGCCACCGCUCUCAAUAUCGCCAGCCUCAGCUUGGAGCGCUAUAUGGCUAUCUGCCACCCGUUCAAGGCCAAGAGCAUCAUGUCCAGGAGCCGAACCAAGAAGUUCAUCAGCUGCAUCUGGCUCCUCUCCUUCCUUCUCGCCAUCCCCAUGCUCUUCACCAUGGGCCAAGUCAAUGCCAGCCCAGAUGGCGACCCCAACGGCCUCAUCUGUACUACCAUUGUGGAAACUUCCACGGUCAAGAUCGUCAUCCAGGUCAAUGCAUUCAUUUCCUUCCUAUUCCCAAUGGUGGUCAUUUCGGUCCUGAAUACCAUCAUUGCUGACCAGCUUACCAUCAUGUUCCACCAGGCAGCCCAGCAGAACCAGGUCUGCACAAUUGGAGGGCAACAGACCAUGCUCAGUAUGUCCAUAGAACCCAGCCGUGUCCAAGCUCUAAGGCAUGGAGUUCGAGUCUUGCGUGCAGUGGUCAUCGCCUUUGUAGUCUGCUGGCUGCCCUACCACGUUCGUCGCCUGAUGUUCUGCUAUAUCCCAUCUGAUCACUGGUCCCCGUUCCUCUAUGAUUUCUACCACUACUUCUACAUGCUCACCAACGUCCUCUUCUAUGUCAGCUCCACCAUCAACCCCAUUCUCUACAACUUAGUGUCGGCCAACUUCCGGCAGAUCUUCAUUUCCACCCUGGCUUUCCUCUGCCCUCCCUGGAGAAGAAGGAAAAAAAGACCGAGGUUCUCCAGGAAGUCCAACAGCAUCUCCAGCAACCACACCUUUUCCAGCAAUGUCACCCGGGAAACACUCUACUAGAGCUCCAAAAAGUUGGCUCCAGAGUCAUGGAGGAUGGAGUGGAAGCUGAUGCUAUCCCACCCCAUUCCGCCAUAGUUUGAGUGCGUGUGGUGGUAUAUUUGGCACAGUGAUGUCAUUCAUGCAUACAAUGGUCUUUCGUGUCUUGUA